CGGCAAGCAACCGGCAACCAAAAGGCGUGCCGCCUCUUGAAGCCGAAAGCCAAGCAAGCAAGGUCGGCAGGGGGCUGCGGGAGAUCUCCCAGCCGGCCCAACUUCCGUGCCCCAUGGUCCAAAUGCGUACCGGUGCAACUCCAAGGACACAGCAGCAACUCCGUAGUAAGGGCACAAUACCACACUCGGGGCCUCCACCUUGAAAACCGAGUAUUAGGGACCCGGUAAAUAAAGGGGAAGGGUUGCGUAGCUCCGUUCGCGCCAUGGCAUCUCGUGUCGAGGGUCAUACAGCGGCAGGGCGACAUCGUCACACAGCAUUCAACCACUGCAAACAGUCGUCUGGAUCCAUCAGAAACACGAGAGGAAGCCCCCGAGAGGGAGAAAGGGACGGGAACAAAGGUCGUGUUGAAUUCUGCAAUCUGUCGUGUAUUACGAACUAUGUCCGCUUCGUCUGGUCUCGAACCCCUCCGUCCGCCGAGUACACCGAUCAGGGCCGACGCUGUCUCACAGACAACAAAGCUGUCUCCUGUGUUCUACACGCGGAAUGUGACGCUGACCAGCGGUCCUCUACCAGUCGGCUAAACCGACGGGGUGGUAAGCGACAUUUGGAGAGACGCGCCGGUUUCAGUGUCGACUCUCGUCCGUCGAUGCGUUCCGUACCCCUCGAUUGUAACUGGCUUCCGCGUCGCGUCCAUGACUUUGACCCGCUGUCGGUCAGGGUCCUGUUUGGAGAAUCCGUAUCUGGGUGUCAGUUAAUCCGCAAAGCAGGGCAGAUCCGGAGACCGCUGGGUCAGUUGGCAUGUCGGCACGUUUCGGUCGGCGACCUGCAUACUCGGCGGCCAGAGGCACCGGCCUGCACCAAUUCAAAGCGCUGGGCCCGUCGCUGAAGGAGUCGGAUUUCCUCUGGCGGAAUGGAUGUAGUCGAAUGUAUUGCCGGAAGAGUCGAUAUCAAGUCCUAUCAAAUGCCGCCCGGCGCGGCCUAGUU